AUGUCUUACAACGAUGACAAUCAACGUGGUGGCUCGUAUGGCGGUGACAGCUAUGGUUCCUCUGGUCAAGGCAACGACAGCUAUGGCUCCUCUGGUCAAGGCAACGAUAGCUAUGGCUCCUCAGGCCGCACCGGCGGAGGCCUAGGAUCCGACGAUACCUACGGUAGUUCAGGUCGCACUGGAGGAACCUCGGGCGGCGGCUACGACGAUUCUAGCCGCACCGGUGGCAGCUCCGGUGGCGGCUUCGGUGGCGACGAUACCUACGGAGGCAGUGGCCGAACCGGAGGUGGCCUAGGAAAUGAUGACACUUACGGUAGCUCUGGAAACACUGGUGGGUUCGGCUCUGGCCAAGGCAAUGAUUUUGGUGUGGCAGAACCGGUGGUCAAUCCUCCGGUGGCUUCGGCACAAGUGAUGACACCUACGGUUCGAGCACAGGCGGCAGCGGUGGCUAUGGGGACGACCGCUCUGGAUCUCGCCGAGAUGACUUCGGCUCUGGUGGUCGCACUGGCGGCGGACUUGGUACGCAUGACAUACCCAUUGGGGUCGAAUCCCGAACAUUUGUACUCAUCUGACCUAGGCACCGAUGAUACUUACGGUGAUGCCAGUCGUACUGGCGGUGGCUCUACUGGCAGUGACAACGAUUAUGGCUUGGGCUCGGGUCGCACUCAACAACAAAAUCAAGGCGGCUAUGGCGGUGGCAGCCGCGAUGACGACUAUUCAAGUGGUAAGGGGGGAGACUCUACCACCGGCAAAAUCUUGGAGAAAGCCGGCAGUCUUUUCGGCAGCGGCAAGAUCCAGGAGAAGGGUGCGGAGAAGAGACGUGAUGCUGGUGGCGACGACUCCAACUAUUGA